AUGAGUACCGAGUUCGUCGCCCCCAUUGGCCGUCACUGCCUCAUCACGCCGUUGGUCGCGUCUGUCACUGUCCCAGACGCGGUUAUGGGCGUCCAUAUUGAUGACCUGGGUCCAAAUCAAGCCAACACUGCCUCAUCUUCGCCUGGAAUUUUGGUUUGCGUUGCAUUGCGCAUUCUCAUGCAUUUUGAGCGCUUCCGAUCUCUCGGGUCGCGAGGGCAGCUGGUCUCCGGCAAGCGUCCUACUGGAUAUGCCAGGAAACAGGUAUCCACCGCAAAGCAUCGUCUGCUAGGGCUUGGUACUGCAAAUUGUCCCGGUCCGUCUUCAAGCAAGUCAACACAUUCGGGCGGUAAACCAGUAUCAAAUCAGCCGAGAAUAAACGAUAUCCUUUUGCUGGGACGGGGUGACAAACUGUCUGGACGUGACAGCCUCCAUCUUCAUGCCAAGCCGUGCUAUGGAUUCGAAAGCCCUGACCAGAUGUGUCCGCACAAGGCACCGAAGCACGCUGAGACUGACAGCGAUCUUGCCGCUCGCCAUGUGAGCUUUUCGUCCGAGAUUUCCAGUGGGCAGUGGUUCGAUGACGCUUGCCGUGGCUGCACCGUGCAAAUCCGAGACUCCACCGUCCAUUGCAAUCAACGAAGUCCAACCCCUCCCCCCCUGGACGAGGACUUGCUGGCCAUUCCUGGGGCACCAUGAGAGAAGCCCGAGGGUACAAGGAGAUACACCACGAGACUUCUUCCACUCUCUCAAGGUCUCUCUCGGCCACAUGCGGAAUAGGACACGCUCCACGCUGGGUUUUUGGGCAUCCAUUCGGCUUCAAGGGCAUGGGCUCUUUGCGGCUAGAAGCGUGUACCAUGGAAGUCCGUACUUGGUCCUAAACCUUGGGCAGCUUUCUUCUCACUGAAGAACUGCUCAAUCAAAGCAAUCACGGUAACUCGUUUUGGGAAAAGGCGCAGCG